AUGGAAGAUGCCAGAAGGUAUUCGGCACGACUACUCCGUUACCUCAAGAAAGCUGUAACUACUGAAUCUGAUCCAUUGCACCAAAUUCACGGUGGUUCGGUUUCAUCGGUCGAUCUCCAAACGGUAAUCGAAGAAAUCGAUUCGAUCAAGAAUACGGUUAUGGGGUUCAAAGAUGAAAUUGGAUCCAAAGACGAUCAUUUUACGCAGCCCAAGUGUUCGAUGGUGACUACUACAUCGACGACACCGGGGAAGAAUACUAUGGUCGGAUUUGACGAACAGUUGCUUCGACUUUUGGACAAGCUCACCGGUCAACAAUCUAAUCGGCAAGUAAUUCCAAUUGUAGGCAUGGGCGGCAUUGGUAAGACUACUCUCGCCAAAAAUACCUACGAACAUUCACUUAUUAUGCACCAUUUUGAUAUUCGUACUUGGGUUACUAUAUCUCCAAAGUAUAAUGUCAAAGAACUUCUCUUACAACUUCUUUCGGAAAAAAAUAGUCAAAUAGAUGAGCAGUUAUUAGGACAAAAGUUACAUAAAAUGCUAUGGGGUCGGAGAUAUUUGAUUGUAAUCGAUGAUAUUUGGAGUAUUGAAGCUUGGGAGGAGGUAAGUCGUUUCUUUCCUGACAACAAUAAUGGAAGUCGAAUUGUUGUGACUGCAAGGAUAUCAAAUGUGGCUACUCACUUCAACUCUACGUGCUUCGAGUUGACUUUUCUAGAUGAGGAUAAAAGUUGGAAACUAUUUUGUGAAAAAGCAUUUGGUCAAGUCGGUUGCCCUUCCGAGCUAGAGGAUAUUGGAAAGGAGAUUGUUAAGAAAUGCAAAGGACUUCCCCUUUCGAUUUCUGUGAUUGGUGGGCUUCUUGGGUAUGAUGGAAGAAAAUCCGGGAGGAGUAGAAAGGGAACGUCGUAUUGUAUGUAACAGAAAGGGGGUCCGUCGUCAUACUUUGCAAUUAGCACCACUUACCCGUACUUUGGUAACGAGCACAGAUGGUCGAUUGUCCAGCAAUAGAUUGUUGAGAGUAAUGUCUUUCAACGAUAAAGCGAAGAAAAAGUAUUUACACUGGCAUAUUGUUGACCAAGUUAACAUGCGAUAUCUUGCUUAUAACGAAUUCAAUUACUCCUCUUCUUCUGUCAAGCUUCCUACGUCGAUAGACGUACUCUGGAAUUUGCAAACAAUAAUUAUUGGAAGGGAAAUCGAAGCGCCAUCUCAAAUUUGGGAGAUGCGACAACUUAUCCAUGUGAAUAUUCGUAAGUUAUACCUUCCCGAUCCUCCUCAGAAUAAAAAACAGGAUGAGUUUGUUUUGCAGAAUCUGCAGAAACUCGGGAAUGUAACAAACUUCGUGUGGAGCGAGGAGGCUUGUAAGAGAGUCGUCAAUGUCAGGAAAUUGCACAUACAGUACGAUAACGACUCGAAAAGCUCAAAUGACUAUUCGCUCCACAAUAUUAGCCGCUUGCAUAAACUUGAAUCGCUUACGUUCUUUCCUUACGGUCUACCCAAUUUGUUGCAGAAGCUCACGUUCUCGAGUUCACUCAAGAAGUUGCAUUUAGACGAUUGCGAUGUUCGCUGGGAAGAUUUGUCGGUGAUUGGCUCGUUGCCUUAUCUUGAAGUUUUGAAACUGAAUGUGGGUCGGGUGGAAGGAGAAAUGUGGAACCCCGUCGAGGGGGAAUUCCUUCGCCUGAAAUUCUUGUCAAUACUUUGUUUUGAUAUUGUUUAUUUGAAUGCAGACUGCUCGCAUUUUCCGGUUUUGGAGAAACUUGUACUCAUAGGAAUGGACAAGUUGGAAGAGAUCCCUUUAGAUAUUGGAGAAAUACCAACGCUUGAACUUGUCGAAUUAAAUAGGUGCACCGAAUCUGCCGCCAUUUCUGCUAUGAAAAUAGCGGUGGAACAAGAGAAUAAUGGUAACGACGAACUUCGAGUUCAAGUUGAUUUCCAUACGAAGAAACAAUUAGAGAGUUUCAAGAAGAAGGUGGAACAAUUAGCAACGAGCUUUACGGGAAAUAAUUUUCAAGCCAAUGGGUAUUUCGAGUUUCAACAUUGAAUGACUCCACCUUCUUGUAACAAACUUGGGGCUUAUUAUUUUUCUCUUCUUUCUUUCUUUUUUUUUUUUUUUUUCGUUUGAGGUCGAGAAAUGAAAUUUGUCGUUGUGAAGUUUAUAAGAUGUGUUUUUAUUUUCCUUGUGUAAGCAAAAUAGGUCUCUAAAUUUCAUUUUGGAGGCUCCUUUAACGUCUCUAAACUUCAUUUUAGAGGCUCGUUAAAAAGUAUGUUGUUCAAUAAUUCCGAGUUGCAUAGGGUCUUCGAUCUCUCCUUACUAUAGUCCGUCAUAACAAAUUCGAUCGAUACUAUAUUUGUAUCAAGUGAUUAAUUAGUACUAAAUAACUAUCAAGAAUUACCAUGAAUUUAAGUGUUUUCUUUUUUUUUUUUUCCGCCUUCCGGUAAUGUCUCUUUUGCCCCUCAUCAUAUCAUACCUCUACGCUUCAUCUCUUGUCUAGUAGCAUGCUGUUUUCCCCUGAGAUGCAUCUCGAAGCAGUCCUCGUUCAUGCAGCUGACGUGGCACAGCUGACAAAACACCGGCUUCUUCUUUGCCACGAUCCCUCUAGUUCCGUUCCUCCUACAUUCCUCAAGUUCGUGCAGUUUGGCCUUGUGCUUACGCCCCUUCAGGUGCAUCUCCAUCGUAUCCCUAUCCGAGCAGAAAAUUUGGCAGACGUUGCACUUCGGCUGCUUUACCGUGCAGUUCCUCGUCUUCAGCUGCAUCCACAAAAGCUUCGCCUUGUGGGGCCGGCCCCUCAGGUGGUCCUGCAUUGUGGUCCCACUUGAGCAGCUGACCUGGCAGAGCUCGCAGAAUAAAUUCCGGGGGGAUUUAUACACCGCUUUGCUGCUGUUGUUGUUACUGUAGGCUGGCGGUGGAUUUAGCAGUUCUUGAAUGUCGAUUUGCUUUCUCUUUAAACUCGAACGCGGCUUUGUGGGGAUGAUUUGCCCUGGAAAAUAUUUUGGCCUUCGAGUUUCUGCAUCGGUUUUCGGAAUCAAAAUAGCUUUUGGAGGUGGAGUUUUUGCCGGAAUCUGUCACCGAAAAAAGGGAUUUUAGUUAACAAAGCGUGGAAAAAUGACUUUAAAUUUUUUUGUGCAAAAAUCGGAAAUAAAAUUUGUUUAAUUACCAAUGGGAGUUCAAAUGAUGAGUUAUAAUUAAGAAGUUUUUUGUCGAAAAGUUUGCUCGGGUUUAUCCAAUCUUUAUGAGGUGAUGACGGAUUUAUGAGGCUCGAUAUUUCGCCAGAAUAUGGCUCCUGAAUCAUACGAAAAAUACGAUAAAUUCAGACAAUAAAUUCUUUUAAUUAGUACAUUUUGAUGCAAGAACUCACAAUUUUUAUCAAACUCUGCUCUGUGUGAAAUUGGGGUCUUGGAGACGGAAACGUAAGUCUUGGAUGUUCCAUCGAAGAUUGUACCUUCAACCGGGGAAUUAAAUAUUAAUAAUAA